AUGAGCAUUUUCCCAAAUUUGAAUACCCAUACGUUGCGGACCCAGCGGUUCAAACAGCCUGCGGGAUAUGGCGAUCUCGCUCUGGCCUACGGCGGCGCUCCCCUCAACCCGACAUCUUCAACCCAAUACGACUAUCAGGCCCUCAACAACGUCAGCAGUCACAGAGAUAUCCGUAACUACGCCGAACAAACGUUGGGUAGUGACAACGCCUUGAUCCAGGCCGUGAAGCUCCCGCAGGAUGAAGACUUGAAUGAGUGGUACGCCGUUCAUUGCGUCGACUUCUACAACCAAAUCAACAUGUUAUACGGGGCUAUCACCGAGUUUUGCAGUCCCGCCACUUGUCCUCGAAUGAUUGCUACUGAAGAAUAUGAAUAUUUAUGGCAAGAAAAUGGCAAGAAACCAGUGUCGCUUCCGGCUUGCGAAUAUAUCGAAAACUUGAUGACUUGGGUGCAAGGAUUCUUUGACAACGAUAACAUCUUCCCGCUGAAAAUUGGAGCUCCGUUCCCGCAGCAGUUCCCAGUGUUGAUGAAAACAAUCUUCAAAAGAAUCUUCCGUAUUUACGCUCACAUAUAUUGCCAUCACUUCCAUGAGAUCACCGAGUUGGGGUUGCAACUGCAUUUGAACACUAGUCUCAAACACUACGUGUUAUUUGCGAAUGAGUUUCAGUUGAUCCAGCAAAAAGAUUACGGACCUUUGGAGGACUUGGUUGAGACGAUGCUUAAGCUGUAA